CUGGCUAAACGCUCUCCUCUCUGCGGUUACACUUGUUGCUUCGUGGGCGUUCAUUGCCCUCCAUCUGUCGGUCUCUUGCAAGCCGCAACGUGAGGGCUUCUUGCCCAAUGCAUCCAGAUUAUCCACUGGUUUCUCUUUUCCUAGUGUUGUUGGAUUAUCCCACGACUUCGUCCAGGAACGUCGUCCUCAGCCAGCUUGCAUUUCUUUGCUCGCAGGCUCUCUUGUUCCCAGGGGCGCUGACGUUCACUGAGCUGCACCAGUUUUUGCGAUCGCAAGCGGGCUCGUUGAGUUUCGUUUCGGUAGGGUUCCCUCUCCUGAAUACGUCGUCCAGUGAUCCGUAUUGUUGGAAGCCCAUCAACGUUAAAUCGUCCUCUGCUCCAACUACUUGGCGAACUCUCCUUGAGACCUCUGAUCUCAGUGUAGUUCAGCGAUUUGUAGUUGCGGCCACUCUGCUUAUUGCGGACGAGCGCGAAGCUGUCGAUUCAGCGUCGCCUGUGACAUCGUCCAUUCCUGACCUUGCCGUAGGAGCCGUUGAUCAUCUGAAACGACAAGGCGUGGACGGAAUCGAUCGACAAUUAGUGCUCCGCAGUUUGACAAUCCUUCAUCGUCUUGGGCACAUUGAGAAUAUCGCGAGCAGCUUGGACCUGUCGGUCGCAUCGAGCAGUUUCAAGUCAGACAACCGCCUUCCAUUACCAGACCCAAGCAUGGAUCCUACGGAGGAAUCUCUCGCUCAUCAAGUCAGUGCCGGGAUAUCGUUGGCAGAGCUGAUGGAGGAACUUGGUUAUGGGGCCACAAGCUCUUCUAUAAUCCUUAGGCGUGUCAUGGAUCAUGUGUUUUCCUCAUCUGCAAGCUUAAACGAAGAGGAGGUCGCACGAGUGUUAAUAAUGAUGGUCAGAACACAUUCAAAUUUGGAACAAAGCGCGGCUGCGCAAGGUCUGGCGGCAUCAAUCUUUGAAGGUGCUGAUGUAGCAGUUCAACAUAUGUCGUCAUGGGAUGUGGAAGUUUUUGCUUCGGUCGUGGCGGAUCUGAACCCGAAGUUGGAUUGGUACGUCGUCAUGCGUGCGUGUGAUCAUAAGGACUUCAAUAUCGCCGAUUCCCAAGGGCUCGCUGUUCUGUUAAAUGCUUCCAAAGUUUAUCUCAAGGACAUCUAUCAGUUUCCCGUGAAGGCAUUUUUCUGCCGGUGGAACAAUGAUAAGGGACAGCUAUCCUUUUUAAGGCAGGCCAUUCACUCAACACCCGAGCUCUUCAGUCUUAAUCAAACCACUCUCAAGCGCGUUGUGCCCUUGGAUGCAUCGAACUCUGCACGAGCAGCUAUACCAUCCUUAGCCACCCAAGCAUUCAAUUCGGUUGAGCUGAUUGAAACGUUGAUCCUGUUGUCAGAGGGACCCUUGUAUGAAGAUGUGAAAGUUUUGUUUGAACAAGGCGUCCAGCAAUCACCAGAGCUUCUUUUGCUGGGCUUUGCCCAAGUGGCAUUCCCCUGGAAUGCUAUCAUGAAGGAAAUGACCCCGGGACUCGUAAUGUUGUUUCUCACGGGACACCCAAACUCUGGCUUUGUUCUCCCGCGGCUAUGGCAAGUAAACCAAAGCUUGUCAACAUCAGGCUUGUUACAUUUGUAUGCCAAGGAUCCAUCAUCCCUGUCCCGAAUUUUGGACGUCGCACAGGAAAUGAGAGCGUUGUCUCAGAUUCUGGAAAUCAAGCCAUUUUCUUUUGCCAUUGAUCUUGCCGCGCUCGCAUCUCGGAGGGAUUAUCUUAACUUGGAGAAAUGGCUGCAGGAUCACAUUCGAGAUGAGGGAGAAGUGUUUGUGACUGCGUGUUUGGAAUUUUUGAAUGACAAAGUUACGUCGCAAAGUGCCCGUAUGGAUGCAUCAAACCCUAAGCGGUCUGUUCCAUUAUCGGUUGACGUUGUGGCGACUUUCCUGCGAGUCUUGCAUGCACAUAGCAGUACAAUGACCCCAGCAAGUUCCGAUUUCUUAAAGGAAGUGACCGGCACCUGUCUUCAAACCUACCCUCGAUUAGUCAAUGUCGCCUCCGUAGGGGAUGGUGCAUUGGCUGACGGGAACACAUUCACAGAUGAUGUUGAAGAGGAGGCGAAUUCAUACUACGAGAAGAUUUACAAGGGCGACCUCACCAUCAAUCAAGUCGUCGACCUCCUCCAACGAUUCAAGACGUCUGCGACCCCGCGAGAGCAGGAUAUCUACAAAUGCAUGGUGCACAAUCUUUUCGACGAGUACAAAUUUUUUCCGCGAUAUCCUGAGAAGGAGCUUGCCAUUACGAGUCUGCUCUUUGGCGCCCUGAUUCAGAAUCAGAUAGUUACGUCCAGGGCGUUGGGCAUGGCUCUUCGAUACGUCUUGGAUGCACUUCGCCAACCGGUUGGAUCUCGAUUGUUCAAGUUUGGUAUUCAAGCACUGAACCAGUUUCAAGCGCGGCUUGGAGAGUGGCCGCAAUACGGCUCGUUAUUGCUACAGAUUGGCCAUCUGUAUCAGGCGCACCCGGAAAUGGUACAAUAUAUCAAAACUCUUCAACGACAAGUAAACACCAGUGGAGUCGAUCAGCAAAGCGAGCAUCUGACAGCGGAGGCAAAUCUAGCCCUGACUUCGAAUAAUAUUUUAGACCGCAGUGAAGGCGCGAGCGCAGUUGAAGCACCCGUCUUCACAGCGUUAAGACUGGAUACUCUCCUCGAUGCCGCUAAUCGCGAUCAGUUCGAAGUUCCCACCGAAGGCACUCAGGACAAGAUUCUUUUCAUAAUCAAUAACGUGUCAUUCGCGAACCUUGACGCAAAGGUUACUGAAAUUAAAGAUAUUCUUAAGGAGCACCAUUUUCGCUGGUUUAGCCACUACAUUGUCGUCAAGCGGGCGAGCAUUGAACCAAAUUUCCACUCAUUGUACAUCGCCUUCUUGGACGCACUGGAUAGCAUGAGUCUCUAUCGCCACAUUCUUCACGAGACAUUUGCGAAUAUACGCAUUUUGCUGAACUCGGAGAAAACUGUUACAUCUUCUCAAGAACGCUCCUUGUUAAAAAACCUUGGAACAUGGCUUGGAGGUAUCACUCUUGGCAAAAACAGGCCAAUUAAGCACAAAAACUUGGCGGUGAAGGAUCUACUACUUGAGGGGUACGACAGCGGACGCUUGAUAGUGGUUAUACCUUUUGUAUGCAAGGUCCUCGAGCAGUGCAACGCUAGCAAAGUUUUCAAACCUCCCAACCCGUGGCUCAUGGCCGUCAUGAAACUGCUAGCUGAAUUAUAUCAUUUUGCCGACCUGAAGUUGAAUUUGAAAUUUGAGAUCGAAGUCCUUUGCAAAAACAUCAAACUCGAUGUCAAAGAUAUUCAGCCAACGAGUCUCCUGCGCAAUAGACCCCAGAGAGAGUCCACCAUUACCACCGACGCUUUUAAGAAUAUUGGCAAACCUCUGACUUCAACCCUUUCAACUACCGGGGCUGUGGGUAACGGAACACUGGGAGGAGCUUUCCCUGUAGAUCCGAACUCUGCCACUUUCACUAGCGGAUUGGGAGCAGGUUUGGGGUCUGACCAACCACUGCUCUCACUCUCCAAUCACACACCAUUGGCAACAAAUACAACCGCUGCCGAUGAAAACGGGGUUGGCAUCCCGAAUCUCGCAGCUUUCAUCACUUUUAACCCCAACUUGCCAAUUUUUACUGCGCAGCCAUCCUUAAAGAGAAUAGUGCACAUCGCUAUUGAUCGCGCUAUAAGAGAGAUAAUAUCCCCUGUUGUCGAGCGAAGCGUCACUAUCGCAGGAAUCGCUACGCGAGAAAUCGUUAUCAAAGAUUUUGCUUUAGAGCCGGAUGAGAAUAAAAUGCGCAAGGCUGCACAUCUCAUGGUGUCUAACCUCGCGGGGAGCUUGGCUGCAGUAUCAUCUCGUGAACCCUUACGGGUGAGCAUGAUGUCUCAUCUCCGCAGUCUAUUGGUGCAGAACGGCUUCACAGAGCAAACGAUGCCGGAGCAAGCCGUGUACAUUAUUGUAGCCGACAAUUUAGAUCUGGCGUGCUCUGUAUUAGAGAAAGCCGCUGCUGAGAAGGCCCUGCCUGACAUUGACGAGGCGUUGGCCACAUCUUUUGUUAAUCGACGAAAACAUCGAGAGCGGAGUAAUCAACCAUACUAUGAUAUGGCUGUUUACGCGGCCUCCCGGUAUCCUUCCACUUUACCGGAGCCGCUGCGGCUAAAAAUUGGCGGACUAAAUGUGCAGCAGUUCCGCGUAUACGAAGACUUCUCUAGAGUAUCUCGGCAAAUGUCCCCUACGCCUGGCGCCGAACUUGGUGAAAAGACGACUCGGCAUGCAAUACCUCGGGCAGAAACACGCUCAGACACGGUCUCUGCUGUCCUUCCGGGUGCUGGGGAAGGAACAUUUGAGGAACCAAGGGGCGCAUUACCCACGCAACAAUGUGUUGAAAAGUUUGCGCAUUAUAUGUCCGAUUUAGAGCAACAAGUCCUUCAGAACUCCACUGCUACACUGGCUACCCUUCCAGCUCAGCAUGAAAUUCGCAUUUUAAUGCGUGACAUACUGUUGCUCCUAUCGCACUCUUUCAAUCGAGAUGAAAUUGCACUGCUUUUCGCACAGAAAGUUGUCCAGCUACUGUAUAAGAACAACUCACCGAUCGGACGAGAGGUCUAUAUGCAUCUGCUGGAAAAGAUGUGUGACGUCUCCAAGCGGUUAGCAAAAGAAAUUAAAGAUUGGUUGCUCUACCAUGAUGAUGAGCGCAAAUACAAUGUUUCUGCAACGCUCGCAAUUGUUCAAGCGAAUCUUUUGAGUAUUUCUGAACUUGAUAUGCAACUGGCUCGUUUAAUGGACGGUGGCCGCACACCUGUCAUUGAGUUCACCGUGGACUUGAUGCAGAAGUUUGUAGAAGCCGAUCAGCCAGUAGCAUUGCAGAGCGGUUUCUUUAAUAGUCUCGAAAUGCUAAACAAAUUGGCAAUGCGUGGGAAACUAUCAGAUGGCAUUGUUCAACAGUUGGAAGCAUGGAGGAGUAAUAUGCCUCUUUUCUCCGUCAAGGAUUUGACUGCAAAAGAUAAUGAAACGGCAAGCCUUCGAGAGCACCUGGCUGCUUUGUUCCAUGAUUGGACCCGCACAUUUUAUCAUCCCGCUUCCAACGAAAAGGCCCAUGCGUUCUUCAUUCAACAGCUGCAACAGCAAGGCAUCCUGAAGGCCGAGUCGAUCUCACCACUAUUCUUCCGUGUUUGCACGGAGAUAUGCAUUGAUUCGUACAUCAAGUCAAAAUCCAGCCCUGAUAUUCCGCCCGCCCUACCUUUCCAGGCCGUAGACGCCUUUGCGCGGCUGAUUGUUCUCCUCGUACGCUACCAUGUUGAUCCCGCCGGCGCAGACAACAACCAUGCGCGGCUGAAUCUGACAGCAAAGAUUCUUUCGAUUAUCGUGUUGGUCUUGGUUCAUUCCCACGAACAGCAGCGUACUCAUUUCAACCAACGCCCCUUCUUCCGAUUGUUUUCCACGCUACUGAACGAUCUCAACAUGUUUGAACACGAUCUGCAACCAAUUUACAUUCAGAUUCUGUCGGCCGUCAGCAACACAUUCCAUACUCUCCAGCCUUCAUUCCUGCCUGGAUUCACGUUUUCGUGGCUGCAGCUCGUUUCACACCGCUUUUUCAUGUCUAAGCUGCUUUUAGCUGAAAAUCAAAAGUUUUGGCCGUUCUUCCAGCGCCUCUUGGUCGACCUGUUUAAAUUUCUCGGGCCGUUGUUGAAACAAGUGGAAAUGUCGGAAACCACGCGGCUAUUGUACAGAGCAACUUUGCGCAUUUUGCUUGUCUUGCUGCACGACUUUCCCGAAUUUCUGUGCGACUAUCAUUUCAGCUUUGUAGAUGUGAUUCCCCAUACGUGCAUACAACUGCGGAAUCUGAUUCUUAGCGCCUUUCCGAGAAACAUGCGGCUGCCGGAUCCGUUUACACCGAAUCUGAAAGUUGACUUAUUACCGGAAAUCAACCAGCCGCCGCACGUUCUGUCCGACUACACCAGCAGCUUGCUACUGAACAAUUUCAAGCAAGACAUUGACGUGUAUUUGAAGACGCGUGGGCCAGUAACGUUUCUGCUGGACUUACGGAGUCGCUUGCUCCUUCCGGACUCUGCUUAUAAUGUCGCCGCUAUCAAUGCUCUGGUAUUGUACGUUGGUGUACAAGCCAUAACGCAAACCCAGAGUAAGCAGUCGCAAAGCUCCACUCCCAUAACACACAGCGCUCCCAUGGACAUAUUUCAGCAAUUGGCGGUGGAUCUCGACACGGAAGGUCGAUACUUGCUCUUCAGUUCAAUAGCCAAUCAACUUCGCUACCCUAAUAGUCACACGCAUUAUUUCAGUUGUGUACUGCUCUACCUGUUUGCCGAGGCGAAUCAGGAGAUUGUGCAGGAACAAAUAACAAGGGUCUUGAUUGAGAGGCUGGUAGUAAACCGACCACAUCCGUACGGCCUUCUGAUAACGUUUAUCGAAUUGAUCCGAAACCCGCGUUACAAUUUCUGGGAUCAUACGAACUUCAUACGGUGUGCUCCGGAAAUCGAGCGACUGUUUUCUAGCGUGGCCAAAUCCAUCAACCAGUCCUUAAUGCGCUCCCCCCAGUCAUAGCAGUCUUGUAUAUUGCAGCUUAUUCUGUACAAAAAUUGACCGAUUUAAAUAUGUGUUAAAACUCUGCGGC